CAAGUUACCAGUUCAUUGGAUUCGCCAGCACCAUUCGCAGGUUUAUAUGCAGAGGUGUUGGGUGCAAUUGUUUUAACAAGCGGAAAAAUGAGAGUUUUACUGGGAUAUUUUCUUUAUAUACUGCUGACGCGGUGGCCUUCUUUGGUGCAAGGUCAAGGUCAUGUGCUGGACAAACCCGUGACAGAGCUUUGCCUCACCUGUAUUUGUGAGGCCAUCAGCGGUUGCAAUGCGACGGCGAUUUGCACCAGUCCGGAAAAGGGCACCUGCGGCAUUUUCCGCAUCACCUGGGCCUACUGGGUGGAUGCUGGAAAACUGACCGUCAAUGGUGAGCAUCCCGACUCGGAUAAGGCCUUCGUCAACUGUGCCAAUGAUCCGCACUGUGCCGCUGAUUUGGUGCAGAAUUACAUGAAGAAGUUUAGUCAGGACUGCAAUGAUGAUGGCGAGAUGGAUUGCCACGAUUACGCCCGAAUUCAUAAAAUGGGGGCUUAUGGCUGCCAAGUGGACCCACCUUACAAUUUUCAAAAUGCUUUUGAUGAGUGCAUCGAAAAAUACGAGCUUGAGGGAUUUGAGUGACACAAUUUGUUCGUUAUUUUGAGUGAAAAAACUAAUUUCAUGUAUUAUUUUAAGAACUGCAUUCUUUUUAUUAAACCUUUGAAACGAAAACAAACUUUUCGACAACGAAUUUUUGUCUUUUUUUUCGAAUAUUAAAUUAAUAACUUUGUUCUUUUUUAUAAGCCUUUAAAAUAAAACAAAUCCUUUCAAAAAUAGA